AUGGCAGCAGCGGUGGGCAGCGCCGCUGCCCAGCUGAUGGCGCUGGCACAGGCGGCACAGGCAGCAGAGGCGCCUAUUGUGCCAGUGGAUCUGUCAACCUAUGUGCCCAGCCCGCUGGAGCCCAGCUGGCAGGUGUGGUUUGGCGCGUUUGUCGGCGUCGUGCCGUUCGUCAUCGGCGCCUACGAGUUCACAAAGCGCAUCCUGAUUCAGCGGCGCUGCAAGGCCUGCGACGGCAGGGGCCUCAUCCUGAAGGGCAAGUAUCCAAAGAAGUGA